UAUUAAUUGCUUAAUGAGAGUUUCUAAAGACCUAUGUUGUCUGAUAAUUUGGUUUCCCACUCCCUCACAUUCACCCCAAAACCUGUUGCAUAUGCCUCAUAUUUUGUGACUCCACAGUUCUCGGUUUGACAUUACAAUUGUCUCCAUGGUGAUGAGCACUGUGUUCUCUUGAACUGAAUUGUGAUAGCCUUUGAAAGAUGAGCUCCUGUUUUUACGUCCUUCACUCCUGCUAACCCACCCAUUGUAUGAAUGAAAAAGAAGAGUUACAAAGAAGGUGGGAUCUAGAAAGAAGAGACACCACAGCACAUCUCUCUACCAGUCAGGAAACUUCUUCAUGUGCAUACCACCCUUAUAUGCUGCUGGAGGCUGUAACCCAGGCCCUUAGGCACGGUGAACUGUGCUCUCUAUUAGGACUGAAUUGUACUUGCAGAAACAACAAAAGAAGAAUCUUUAAAGUUGUAUGCAGGACUGGUUAAAGUAGGGAAACUGGAGAAAACCAUGAAUUAAGGAAAAAGUAUGUUUCCCAGGUCUAAUAGGGGAAAACUGGCUUUCAGUAAACAACUGAAAAGGCUGCCCUUGGAAACUUCCUUGGUCUUCAUGGAGCCUCUGAAAACUACACUGUGAAGCCCCUGGGUGGAUUAACUCUUAUAGAUCACCUAGAGUGAUUGCAUCAUGGCCAGCAAGAGAAAAUCCACCACCCCUUGCAUGAUUCCUGUGAAGACUGUGGUGCUGCAGGAAGCCAGUGCAGAGGCCCAUCCUGCUGAGACCAUGCCAGAAAGUUCUCAGCAAGAUCUGCCCCCAGAAACACCUACAGUCAGCAGUGAGGCAUCACAGAAAACCAGCAGUACUGAAGGCACUUCACUGGCCAAUGGGCAUCGGAGCACUUUGGAUGGCUACUCAUAUUCCUGUAAAUACUGUGACUUCAGAUCCCAGGACAUAACCCAAUUUAUGGCACAUAUGAGCUCAGAGCACACAGACUUUAGUAAAGACCCAACUUUUGUAUGCACUCAAUGCAGCUUUAUGGCAAAAACCCCUGAAGGCCUUUCUCUGCACAAUGCCACGUCUCAUUCAGGGGAAGCCAGCUUUGUGUGGAAUGUGGCUAAGUCUGACAAUCACAUAAUCAUAGAACAGAACAUCCCCGAGAGCACCAGCACUCCUGAACUGGCCAGUGAGCCUAGCACUGAAGGGACCGAUGGACAGGCCGAAAUCAUUAUUACCAAAACUCCAAUCAUGAAGAUAAUGAAAGGCAAAGCUGAAGCCAAAAAAAUCCAUACACUCAAGGAGAACAUCCUGAGUCAGCCUGUUGGCGAGGCCUUAACAAACCCAUCAACUGUGGAAUCAGAGGUGAAAGAGGGGGACCAUUCUGUCAACGGUGGAGUCCCAGUCAGCCAUGCAUCUACCAACUCCAUGAAACCUCCCCAUGCUACCAACGGACCCCUGAUAGGAACAGUGCCUGUUCUUCCGGCUGGUAUAGCCCAACUCAUCUCCCUCCAGCAGCAGCAGCAGCAGCAGCAGCAGCAGCAGCAGCAGCAACCACCCCAGGUGCACCCCCAGCAGCAUGCCCACCAGCCACUGCCCACCUCCAAGUCCUUGCCCAAAGUGAUGAUUCCCCUGAGCAGCAUUCCAACAUACAAUGCAGCCAUGGAUUCCAACAGCUUCCUGAAGAACUCUUUUCACAAAUUUCCUUACCCAACCAAAGCUGAACUCUGCUACUUGACUGUGGUCACCAAGUUUCCAGAAGAACAACUCAAGAUCUGGUUCACAGCUCAAAGGCUCAAGCAAGGUAUUAGCUGGUCCCCAGAGGAGAUUGAGGAUGCCCGGAAAAAGAUGUUCAACACAGUCAUCCAGUCUGUACCGCAGCCCACAAUCACGGUUCUGAAUACUCCCCUGGUUGCCCAUGCGGGCAAUGUCCAGCAUCUUAUCCAAGCUGCUCUGCCCGGCCAGGUUGUAGGGCAGCCAGAGGGCACUGCAGGGGGGCUACUGGUCACUCAGCCACUGACGUCCAAUGGGGUGCAGGCACCAAGCUCGUCUCUCCCCUUGCCAGUUACAUCCAUCCCCAAGCAGUCAACAGUUGCACCUAUUAACACUGUGUGUUCCAACACGGCCUCUGCUGUGAAAGUGGUCAAUGCGGCCCAGUCACUCCUCACAGCGUGCCCCAGCAUAACGUCCCAAGCUUUCCUCGACGCCAGCAUCUACAAGAAUAAGAAAUCACAUGAACAGCUGUCAGCUUUGAAAGGUAGUUUUUGUCGGAACCAGUUCCCAGGACAGAGUGAAGUUGAACACCUGACCAAAGUGACUGGCCUCAGCACCAGAGAGGUGCGGAAAUGGUUCAGCGACCGGAGAUACCACUGUCGGAACCUGAAGGGCUCCAGAGCCAUGAUGCCCGGAGAGCCUGGCUCUAUCAUUGACUCCAUGUCAGAAGUGCCCUUCCCCUCACCGUCCAAUGUCCCUGAGGUAACCUGCAUCCCAACAACAGCCAUCUUGGCCACCCAUCCUUCUGCCAAACGACAAUCUUGGCACCAGUCCCCUGACUUCACACCAAACAAAUACAAGGAACGGGCCCCUGAGCAGCUCAAAGCCCUGGAGAGUAGUUUUGCACAAAACCCCCUUCCUCUCGACGAGGAACUGGAUCGGCUGAGGAGUGAAACCAAAAUGACCAGAAGAGAGAUUGAUAGCUGGUUUUCAGAAAGGCGGAAAAAAGUGAAUGCUGAGGAGACGAAGAAGGCUGAUGAGUGUGCCUCUCAGGAGGAAGAGGAGAUAGCCAAGGAUGAGGCUGGAGAAGAGGAUUUGGCCAGUGACCUGAGAGUGCCCGACAGAAGCGACUCCCCAGAAGUGCCUGGCAGCCACACUUUGGCAGAACGUAAAGUCAGCCCCAUCAAAAUCAACCUCAAGAACCUGAGGGUCACUGAAGCCAAUGGCAAGAGUGAGCUGCUAGCGCUGGGCAUCUGUGAGCCUGAGGAUGAUGGGUUGAACAAGCUGGCAGAGCAGCCCCCAAGCAAAGUGAGCUACAAAAAGACUGCCCAGCAGAGACACCUGCUGCGGCAGCUCUUCGUCCAGACGCAGUGGCCAAGCAACCAGGACUACGAUUCCAUUAUGACCCAGACGGGCCUGCCUCGGCCAGAGGUGGUGCGUUGGUUUGGGGACAGCAGGUAUGCCCUGAAGAAUGGCCAGCUCAAGUGGUACGAAGACUACAAGCGGGGCAACUUCCCUCCAGGGCUGCUGGUCAUCGCCCCCAGCAACCGGGAUCUGCUGCAAGACUACUACAUGAUUCACAAGAUGCUGUAUGAGGAAGACCUGCAGAGCCUCUGUGACCAGACCCAGAUGAGCUCCCAGCAGGUGAAGCAGUGGUUUGCCGAGAAAAUGGGUGAGGACACCCGAGCCGUGGCAGACUCAGGCAGUGAGGAUCAGGGUCCUAGCACCGGCGACUCUGCGGCAGUUUACAAAGCAGGAAUGGGUGAUACCUAUAUGGAAGUGUCUGAGAACAGUGAGUCCUGGGAACCUUCUGCCCCUGAGGCCACCACCUCAGAGUCCUUUGAUGCACAAAGUCCACAGACUGGACUUCAGCUGGAAACAGACUGAGUCUGAAUCGAUUGCUGUGAAGGACUGGCCAGUCUGGGAUGCCACCUGCCAUGUAGAAAGGCUCAUCCUGACUGACUACUGCCUCUUGCCAUCUCCGUGCUCAGCCACUGGCCAGACAAGAGAGCUCCUGGCGGCUUCACAGACAGCCCAGAGCCCACGGCACCGUCAGCCUGUCUGCCUGCUACCGCUGCUGAGCACGCUGGGGGCCAGAGUUCUCGUCACCUCGUCCCACAAUGUAGGACCUUUCCUUUGCCUCCCAGUGGAUAAAAUGAUUCUGAUUUCUUAUUCAAAGACACAGAAUCAAGUUUUUAACAUAUAGAUCUGCCUAUACACACUUCAUAGAUCACCAGGUUAUAAACACUUUUAUUACAUAGAAACGUUGAUUAGCAGUGCAGUACAUUGUCUUUUACAGCAUCUCUAAAAAUGUUCCGUAUCUGUUCUCUGGAGAUGGUUGGGACCACAUCCCCCUUCCCUUCCACAAUUGGGCAGGGAUUAAUAGCACUCUCAGAAGUACAUCUAGGAGCCCCUGUGUGCCCCUUUUCAUUCCUUAAGGCAGCACUUUUGAGGUGACCUCUACUGUACUGAGUAUAUUAUAGAGUUUCAUGUCAGACUUGCCUUGCCUUGAGGGAUAAUCAGUGCAGAAUCUGCUGUUACUCACAAUUUCAAGGUGAGCUAGCUAUAGACUAGUAGUUGAUGCUUUCAAUUUUAAGUAUGUACCAUAAUUCUGCAUUUUUUGUGGAUGUUUAAAUCAUGAACUAAAGUUUUAAAGCCUAAUGUACUGCUCUGUGUGCCCCCUUUAAAAAAAAAGAAUCUACAUAUAUUUAGAAUGAGAAGAAAAGUUGAGAAAAUAAAUGGGGGUAAAGGUUUGGAGCCAUAACCCUUAGCUCUGGCCACUGUGGUUUUUCAGCCCUGUACUUGCAUUUGCUGCAGAGCUGCCUGGAUUCUGACCUGUGGAAGGAAGAAUCAUGCCUGCCCAGUAGUAAGAGAGGAAGUUGAAGGACUUUUGGGGUUUUGGGAAAUUAUCAGAGCCUUGGUGGUCUUCAGCACAAAAACAAACCUCCAAGUUCCCUGCCCCUUCCCCCCACUGAGGACUCAGCUGGCAUGUGGGCUUCACUCCAGGGGUGCUGGGCACCACUGAGCAGGUGCUCACAAGAGUGUUUUCAAAAUGACAUAUAUUUAUAGCUUCAGUCUUGGAAACAAGAUUUCUAGUCACUUUAGUCAAACCCAUAUAUCCAUGUUGUUAAUCAGAAUCACAGAAAAAGGUGCCUUUGACAUAUUGCAAGACUUGCUGCAAAGCUGUGCUAAGUGGUCAACCCUGUUUUCCCCAAGAGAAUAGCAGGCGUGGGGGGCAGGUGACAGGUAUGCGCUGCAGUCUUGUCAGCUCAUACUCACUACUUUGACCAUCUGCUUUCUGAAGCACCAAGGCCUUGGCCAUCUGUCUCCUUCUGGGCCCAGCCUAGGCAGACAGUGUUAGGAGAUGCUGAUGAAAGGACAUGGAGCUCUGUGCAGGAGACACUAGUCUAGUGGUGGGUUAGCACUGUUGUUCUCCACCAACAGCAGCAGCAUACCCGGCUGGCUUGGCUCGGUGAGGGUGAAGAUCGUGGCAAUACCUGUCUUCCAGGAAAGAACUUUUAUUUUAGAAAUCAAAAGCCCUUGAACCAUUGUUGUUCUAAAAUUUCUCCAGCCCUCUCUGCCCCAAUAGGAAGCUGUUAUCUGUCUCAGAUGACAUGUGAGUAUUUGGCAAAUUUUGCAACUGAUAUUUGUAUCCUUUUUACUUGGGGUAUAAAGCUAUUUAGCCUCAAAGGCCUCUGUGAAGAGCUGCCAAGAGUAGUGAGUGACUGCCUCUCUCCAGAGAACAGACACCGGGAAUUUUUCCUUUAAUGUUUAUGUAAAGUGCAGGCUAAUAUCUAUAUACACAUAUGCAGUACACAUACUCACUGGAUACUUUACUCAUGAGAUGUCCAUCUGACAUGUUCACUUGAGGAACUCAGUGGUAACAGCAUGUGUUGGAGGGAAGCCUGGCAACUGGGACACCACUGGAGCAGCCAAGCAUGGAGCCACGGCCAGUGUCUGACAUCCCCCGCCAAGACCACUCCCCAGGCCCUGCACACAGUAUCUAAAGAGAAUUUCCUUGGUUACUUGUAUUCACCUUUCAUUUACAGCCCCAAACAGCAGAAAAGAAAAAUAAGUGACUUGGUGGACAAGCACAUGCAGGAUCUCGGCACCAGCUCAUCUUUAAGGUAGAAAAGCUACAAUGCUGCCUACCUGGGUGUGCUUUCUUCACAGAUAGUGACCCUGCCUGCCCGCCUGUCUGCCUGCCUGCACGCCAGCAGUGGCAAAACUGCUAGGUAAGGAGCCCAGCAACUGGACCUACCCCACUCUGUGCUCUAGGACCAGAGUCAACAAGUGAGGGUUGGUUCUCGAGCUUGAAUGAGUAAGAUAAUCAAAGGCUGUGGUGAGAGAUGCUUGGAUCAUCUAGCUGGUGCUUCAUGGGACACUCCAGGACUUUUGGUGCAAGAUCGUGAACACAGCCAGCCUGGGACAGAUAAACACACACCCCAACAGGAAAUCAGGACUGUUCAGUGUGGUGGGGAGGCGGCAGCAGCUGGCCUGUGGCUCUGUGAUGAGUCAGAUCACUGAGGAGCUGAGCUCUGUGAAGUGACCUUGAGGGGCCACCUGUGGGCUGUAAAGUUGAGGGAAGGGGGGCGGGGAUGGUCUUUUCUGAAGAAGAAAAUCCAUUUUAUGAGGUGAGAAAUCUUCUUCCCUCUUCAGUUUGCACUUAAGACUUGUCAAAAAGUAGUGAAGUAUCUCAGUGUUUCUUUUUUGCUACAUCUUGUACUUGUUUGGUCUAUUAUAUUUUUUACAUGAGGCUGUAGAUCCAGUUUUAAUAGGUGAAACCAAAUCACCAUUCUGAUAAAGGAAAUCUGUAUUUAGGGUACAUAUAUUUUGAUUACUUAUUUUGAAUUACUGACCAUUAAGGAAUUUUUUAUUUGGAAGGCUCCCGUUUUUAGGCGCCUAGAGUUCCUGGAAUUGAAUGCCCUUGUUGGAUGCUUGCCAGCACUUCGGGGUUUGUAGCAACUGUCCGACACGGUGCUCCGUCUUUUGGUAAAGUGACUAGUGCCUGUUGAGGACCAAAGCACCUGGACUCAGGCGCCCACACCUGGUCUCUGGUAGCAAGAGGAGGGGCAUGGGCAGUGCUCAGUGUUACUUGCAGAUUCACACUAAUGUCCUUGUCACAGCUGACUGGAAACGUCAGUGUAUUCUCUAGAUUGUGAUGUGGCUUUUGUUGAUUUAAUCUGGUCCGGCUACAAAUCUUGUGUCACCUCCCUUCUCUGACUGUGGUAUAUCUGUGCCACGCUGCCUGCCACAGAGCCAGGGCUGGCGCCAGACUUUCUGGGUCAGCGCUCAUGUUUCUAUGCACACCAACUGCCCAUGGCUCCUUGCUUGUACUACCCUAUCUUGGGCUCUGCCACCUCUUGUCUUCCUGUUCUCUUCUUGGACCAAAAGAUCAAAAUCCUUAAUUUGAAGCAGCUUUGUCAGUCUGAGUAUCAUAGCAUAAGUGGAUAAAGACACUUUACAGAAGAAGAAAACUGGCCAAGAAAAUCUUAAAACCAAUAUGGAUUUUGGGUUUUUCCUGGACUUUUUCCUUGUUCAGCUUUCCUUGGGGCAGUUUAUCUGUUGGAAUCACCUUUUGCAGAUGGGACUUUUGUAUGAAGCUUCAAUUAUCAUGUAUCGCAUUGAUUUGCAAGGCUCAGUUGUAUGCUGAAAAAAAUGAAAAACUCCAGACUCACAAAGGUCAGCACAGCCAAGUGUCCUAGGUCAAAGCCAACAGCUAAUAUGGGACUUACAAGAUGACAGGACUCAGUUCUCCCCCACUUCAGUCUUCUGAAUCAGAGUCCUUUCCUCAGCACACUGCCUCUCUGGUCCUGCCUGCCCACCCUGCCCACAUCUGAAAGGGCAGGGAUAUCUUCAAGAAGCUUGGAGGAGCACCCACCUCAGAAAAGUUCCAACAUCUGAGAAAGCAAGAGCUCAAGCCAACUCUUCAAUCUGGUACAUGCUAGGCUUCAAUCUGAGGGGCCUGCCAUGCUAUUUUUCCUGACUUAUUUAUAAUGGUUGAGUUGUGCUAUAAAGGGCUGAUGGAACUGGACAGUCCUUCAGCAAAAUGAAUUUAUUUUAGCCAGUUACUAGAUGGAAGUGGAGAUCAUGGGUGCUUUAAAUCGGGUGGAACUGACUGCUAUUUACUAUGUUGCUGCUGAACUGUUUCCCACUGUCCGCUCAUACCAAGAAGGAGAGGCCUAACACCAUUCUUUUCCCCCUAACCUAGCAUCUACACCUGUGAGAUAAAAGGAAGACAGAGUAUCUGACUCUAGAGAGGGUCAAGAGCCUAUGCUUUCAUUCUUCAGUGAGCUACGUGUUAAAACUGGCCAUCCUGUGACUUGUCUGCAACUCGGUCUUUUACUGAAUGAGGUCCCAAAUCCUUUGCCAGACUGGAGACACAGAAGAACCUGAAUCCAGCAGGAGCCAGUCAUUCUAAGUGCCCACAGUCCAGAGCAUUGCAGACACCCAGUAUGGGAUGCACUUGACAGACCAGGUUACUAGACAGUGACAAAAACCUGCUUCCCUGAUUUUUAAAAAUCCUCUUAACAGGACUCCAAGGAUUCAUAAAGAAUGUAGUCAGUGCUAUGUUUGGUGCCUGUCCUAAGCCUUCUGUGACCUCAGCACCUGGACCCUGCUGCUGCCUAUGCAGAGCCACGGGGGUGGGCACCAGUGGCCGGGCUGUAGGGGACCGUGGUCUGCUCUUGCCGCUGUGUAGCAUCUCCUGCUGUCCACUCCAGCAGGUGGUGAGCCAGGGCCCUGAGGAGUGUUUACCUGCCAUUAGUGCCUCUUCUUUUAGGAGACUGGCCCUGGUACUUGCCAGUGUGUUCAAGAAUAGCUUUUCCUGGCUAAUGCUUCAUAACAUUUCACUGCAUGAUAAAUGGAUGAUUCAGAAGAACCCAGUGAGACUGAAGGGUGAAGGGUAAAGGUGAGAAGUCUAGGACAAAGGGUCCCUGGACAUAGGAAGAGUCGAGUGUCUGGUGUUUCUCAGACUAGAAACAGAGGGCAAGUCCACCCACAUGGUCCCUGUUAAUCCUGUGAUUUAUAUCUAGAGUAAUUUAUUCCUGGUUCCUACCCAUACAGCUUUUUUUUCUUGCAAUUCCUUUACCUGUGGGGUCCCAGGGAGAUUAGAGUAACUGGAGUGAGUAGGAGAGUCACUGCCUGACCCUUACAGAGUUCCAGCAUGGCAAUCAGACACUGAACAAAAAAGAAGUGCUUCCCCCCUCUGGGAAGUGGAGUUUUCAUCAUGCUUUUAAGCAGUGGCUUUGUUGAGCUGUGUCAGGAGGGCCAGACUGUGCCAUAAUUGUUAGUAAAAAGAAGACAUGCCUCCCAGCCCCUGCUGGUCCAUUGUUCAUUGAGUUUACAGGCAGUCUUUGUGGGAGUUGGGGAGGUUGCCAAAGGCCUGCAGAAUCCUUCAUGACAGGCCUGAUUCCUGGUUUUCUACCACCCAUUUAUAUUCUGGUCUUCAGCACAAGUCCUUUGUUUCUGGGAUCAGACUGCUAAGGAGUCUGGGGAAUGACUAUUGAGCAAGCAGUUUGCUUUUGAGACUGACAGAACAGAUCAUCUUGGUGCUAAAGAAAAGGCAACUGCCUACUUCUGUUUGUCCAGAGAUGAAGUAAAACUUUUAUUAAGUGGUGUAAGACAGUCCCAUCUCCUGCAGUGACCCAGUGUGAGAGCUCAAGUGGAGAGGCUAACUUUGACUAUCACUUAAGCCUGGGUAGAAUAGAAAUCCUUUGCCCUGGUAAAUGUUCUUAACAUAAAGGUGGGACCUGCCUUUGGUGUGUGCUUGUGCCCAGGGGAAAGGAGCAGGCCACCAUUUUGGGCUGAGUCUCCAGGCCUCACAAGGUCCCCUGUGGGGAUGCUGCUAUUUCUAAGAUGCAAAUUGCACAUUUCUUAGAUUUUUUUCUAUCUGUGGAUUUGGAUGGGGGGGGGGGGACAAACUGCUUGUACAAUUUGAAAUUGGCUGAAAUGGUACUUUUAAAUCUUGAUUGUUCUAAAAUAAAAACGUGAAUGUACUUCA